UGUCUGGCGGCACAUUCAGUCGCCGCGGAACCCUGGCGUAUCUCGCACCUGUGUUGUAUACUCUGUAUAGUGAUGUGUGACGUUCGUAAAUAAAACAAGUUAUUGCAAUCUAACAUUGAUAAAAAGUUUUUUUCAUACGUGGAAAUACUCUGACUUGUGCCCCUGCUGUUGUGAAUUGGAGUUGCCUCGUCAGCAUUUGUGUCUGAGUGGUUUCGAAACAGUGACAACAAGUUUUUCUUGUGUUGUGUUUAGUCCUUGAGUUGGAGGCUUUGGCAUCGGUGACGACGCUCUACGAGUUUGGCGGGCAAUUAGUGGUCAAGAUAAAUCAUCUAUGACAUCACAACCGCGCUGAUCCACCACAGAGGCAGGUCACUCAGAACUGAAGGCGCCGGCGGCCAUGAUGGCGCCCAGCGUGUUCCAAAGGACGAAGUCGCCUCGCUCAUCUCCAGGGAACUUACCAAGGAAACUACAGAACGGCGCCGAAGCAGCCGGCGUUGCAGACCCCACGGCUGACUCCAGCCCUGGCAACUCCAUCUCAGAUGCAGAGAACUUCGAGUGCUAUGGAGAAGGCGACGCAGAUGCACCUGUUAACACAUUAGAAAAUGGCACCAGAAGUCCAGGCAGUAACCUGAACAGACAUUCCUGGACACGAACUAGUUUAAGGCGGACACCACCUAGCCAUCAAGAGAACCUGCCACAUCGGCGAUGGGGCUCCAUGAGACACUCUGGGAAGCGGCAAAUCGGCUCCAAUGUCUUAGCUAGCCAAUUGUACCGGUCGUCGUCAUUCAACUCGUCGGGCUGCGGCUCCGGCGGGGAGCCGGCGGACGACAUGUAUUCCGACGUGUCGCUGGAGGAGGACGUGCAAGGACUUAACUAUAAGGUCCAACUCCUGCAGCAGCAAGUGACGUCACUGGCCGACACACAGAGCACGGCUGAUGAGCGGUACGCGAGGGCGAAGGCCGACAACGCCGUGCUGCAAGCCAGGGUCCACAUGCUGGAUGAGCAGAUCAGAGAAAUCGAGUGCAGAUGCGAGGAGCGCAUCGCGGAGGAGCAGCGGCGGUGCCGCGAAGCCAUCGCCAGGGUGGAGCGGGACAGAGACGCGCAGAUGGCGGUGCUCACCGACCGACUGGCCACUGCCGAGGCGGAGGCCUCUGAUCUCAAGCAAGAGGUGGGAAGACUCCGUGGCGUAGCUGAAACCCUCAGAGCGAACGCUGAAAUAUCAGUUAGAGCUCACCGCGAAGCCCAAGAGCAGGUUGGUGAGCUCGCUGCCCAGCUCAACGCAGCAAGAGAGGCAGAAAGGCGUGAGAGAGAAGCUGCAGCUGCUACAGCAGACUUGCUGGCUGCGGCUAAACUGGAACUUCAAAGAUUGAGAGAUGCGCCUCCACCCCCACCAGAUCCGAGGCUCGAUGAAUUGAGAAAGGAACUCACGCUGCUUAGGACACAGAAUAAAUCUCUAUCGGAAGCGCAAGAAGAACUGCAGGCCCAGAUUCUAACACUCGGAGUGGAAGAAGGCCGCAGCCUGCUGGACGGCGUCAGCGGCCCUCUCGUUGGAACCAACUCCUUGGCGCAUGAACUCUCACAGAUGAGCGAUGACGAGCUCCAUGGUAGCGAUACACAAACUGAUCUCGACAUAGAGAUGGAAAAGUUGCAGAAAGCUUUAAAAGAACAACAAGAUGUCAACGUCCAACUGCGAAAUUACAUAGACGGUAUCCUAUUGACAAUUGUAGAGAAUUACCCGCAAUUACUGGAGGUCAAAUAUCAAAAGGAUUUAGGGGAGAAGUCAUAACAUAUGAUGAUACAGUUCAAAGUUUUCCAAUUCAACAUUUCGGCAUUAUUUAAUUUUGAUAUUUUAUUACAUUUUUAUUGGUUUUCACGUAUAAAAAUUAUAUUACGAAAAAAAUUAUCGAUUUUGAUGUUAAGUGUAAUGUUUGUACUGUGAUAAAAAGAAAUAGAUAAUUAUUUGUUUCGUGAAUGAAAAAUUAAAUCUUAUGUUAUGUUGAAAGUCUUCUCCAUAAAUGUUUGUAAAUAGUUUGUCGUAUAAAUAAUAAUAUACCUACUUUAACAUUAAGGACCUGNUGGAACUGUUCCUUUUAAUGUGUAUAAUAUUAAAGGCUCUUUAUGUUAGUAGGUAUGUUCUUACAAUGUUAAUGAAAUAGAGUUUUAGAAUUAAUAUUUUAUACAGAUCUGUGCAAACUAUGCGUAUUGUUAUUAGUAAUUACGCAAAGGCCAGGCCGUCCAUAACGUUUAUAAACUACUUAAAGCAAUUAUUAUGAAAGACUGGGAGCGAAUGUUAAUUUUGGGUGCAUAAGAUAGUUAAUUUGUAAUAAAAAUAUUUAGGUAGAAUCACUAAAAAAUCUAAAAUGCCUAAAGCCAUUAAAAUGAAGCGUGAGAACCUAAUUGGGUCUGCAGCUUCAACCCCUAGAU